AUGAACUAUUAUAAACUGAGUACUGGUGUUUACCUAUGGGACGUAGAAGGCAAAAAAUAUUUUGAUUUCUUAAGUUCUUACAGUGCUGUAAAUCAAGGCCAUUGUCACCCAAAGAUUACAGCAGCUUUGAAAUCCCAGUGUGAAAAACUUACUCUGACCUCAAGAGCAUUUUACAUGGUGCUUGGUGAAUAUGAAGAAUAUAUCACGAAAAUGUUCAAAUACAACAAGGUGCUUCCGAUGAACACAGGUGUGGAGGCUGGAGGAGAAAAAGCAUGCAAGCUGGCUCGUAAAUGGGCUUGCGUGAAAGGUAUUCCGAAAUACAAAGCAAAGAUUUUUUUGCAGGUGACUGGCAACUUCUGGGGAAGAACAUUAUCAGCAAUCUCAAGCUCUACAGAUCCUUCCAGCUAUGAUGGAUUUGGACCAUUCAUGCGGUUUGAAAUAAUCCCCUACAAUGAUUUGCCUGCUCUUGAGCGGGCGCUUCAAGAUCCAGAUGUUGCGGCUUUCAUGGUCGAACCGAUUCAAGGUGAAGCUGGUGUGAUUGUUCCCGAGAAAGGUUAUCUCACGGGAGUGCGAGAACUUUGCACAAAGCACAAUGUCCUCUUUAUUGCUGAUGAAUUCAGACUAUUGGCCAGAACAGGAGAAAUGUUAGCCGUCGAUCAUGAAAAUGUUAGACCUGACCUGGUUUUGCUUGGAAAGGCGCUAUCUGGAGGGGUUUAUCCUGUGUCAGCAGUUCUGUGCGAUGACGAAAUUAUGCUCACCAUAAAACCUGGCGAACAUGGCUCUACAUAUGGAGGAAACCCACUGGCUUGCCGAGUGGCUAUGGCAGCACUUGAGGUCAUUGAAGAAGAGGAAUUGGUUAAAAACGCAGACGUCAUGGGCAGCCUAUUGAGAAACGAGCUGAUGAAGACUCCAUCUGACAUUGUCACUCAAGUCAGAGGGAAAGGAUUGUUGAAUGCUAUUGUUAUUCGGGAAACUAAAGAUUGGGACGCCUGGAAAGUGUGCCUGAGACUCCGUGACAAUGGGCUGCUGGCCAAGCCAACACAUGGUGAUAUCAUCCGGUUGGCUCCCCCACUGGUGAUCAAGGAAGAUGAGAUCCGAGAGUGCACUGAAAUUAUCCACAAGACCCUCCUCUCUUUUUGAAGGCUUCUUGUGCCCUGUGCCCGUACCUGUGCCCGUAAUCAGAUGGCAAACUGCUGUAGCUGAAUAAUGGUAUUGCCCGAGCUCAGCUUGAUUCUUCCCGGUUUAUUUAAUUUUUUGCUCUGUUCAUCCACAGAAAAGCAGACUUUGAAGAUCAAACUGAAACAUUUAUUUUAUAAUGGACUUAAAGGAACAAAAAAAAAAAGACUAAAUUUCUUCCCUUUUUUUUCAGUUUGUGGACUAUUUGUUCAAUCUCUUUUAAUGAACUGUAAUUUGAAUAGUUACUUACGUUUCAGCCAAAGUAUAAAUUAUAUACCUUCCUGUACCAAGUAUUACAUCUAAUGAAACUUUUCAUUAAAAAAAAUUAUUAUGGACA